AUGGGCGGCGGGAGGAAGCGGCGCAGGCGCGACGGCUCGGACGCGCCGCCGGUGAUGCACCCGCGCAACCGCUACGCCGCCGCGGCGCCGGACUUUGCGGCGCUGGCGUCGCUCUACCCCUCCUUCGCCCCCUUCGUCACCGUCUCCGGCGGGGGCCGCGCGUCCGUCGACUUCACUGACUUCGCCGCCACGCGGGAGCUCACGCGCGUCCUCCUCCUCCACGACCACGGCGUCAACUGGUGGAUUCCGGAUGGACAGCUUUGUCCUACUGUUCCUAACAGAUCCAACUACAUCCAUUGGAUUGAGGAUCUUCUCUCUUCUGAUCUCAUACCACGAAUAUCCAACUCAAGUGAGACAGUGAGGGGUUUUGACAUAGGCACGGGUGCCAAUUGCAUCUACCCUCUCCUCGGAGCAUCGUUACUGGGCUGGAGCUUUGUUGGAUGUGAUGUGACUGAUGUUGCUCUUGAAUGGGCUAAGAGGAAUGUGGAGAGCAACCCACAUCUAGCAGGUCUAAUAGAGAUCAGAAAUGCAAAUGAAGCACUCUGUUCUUCGAAGUCUGAAACAGUUGUUGAGGAAGCUGUCAGGGAGAACACUUCAGAGCCAGUGGACAGUAUGGUGAGAUCAAUAGCACCUAUUUUUGUCGGUGUUGUGAAGGAUAGUGAGAGCUUUGACUUCUGUAUGUGCAAUCCACCUUUCUUUGAGAGUAUGGAGGAAGCUGGCCUUAACCCAAAAACUUCUUGUGCUGGAACUGCUGAAGAGAUGGCUUGCCCUGGUGGCGAGCAAGCCUUUAUAACACAUAUAAUUGAAGACAGUGUUUCCUUUAAGAACUCUUUCAGGUGGUUUACAUCGAUGGUUGGCAGAAAAGCAAAUCUAAAACUAUUAGUAUCCAAAGUCCGUGAAGCUGGGGCCUUAGUUGUGAAAACUACUGAGUUCGUGCAAGGACAAACAGCUAGAUGGGGCCUUGCAUGGUCGUUCAUUGCUCCAAGAAAAAAUGUUAUAAGAUCCAGUACACCCGGAAAAGUCCACCAUUCUUUCAUGCUUCAGGGUCUCCGGCGUGGAAAUGGUGCGUUUCAGGUGUUGAAGUCAGCUGAGGCCUUUUUCUGUGCAUCUAAUCUAUCAUGUAAAACCGAUUCUGUGUCAUUUUCUAUUGAUGUUACAUUGUCAGAUGGGCAGAUUCAGGCUGCAACAUUGGAUGGUGAUGACCUUCCUGGUUCUGUUGAAGACAACACUACGAAGCUGCAUAGCACUAUUACAGGAGCAUCCUUCCGUAUUUCGGUGUUUGAACAGAUGCCUGGCACACUGUUAAUCAAAGGCUCAUUAUUGAACAAGUCACUGUCAGGUACCUUCACAUCAUUGUUCUCCCAGCUGGAGGAGACGUUGAGGACGGAGUUCAUCAUCAAGGACCGAUAUGUGAAGCGUGGGCAUCACGAGACUUGA